AUGCUGACAUGGUAUGUCACAUGACAUUGAGUUACCACGUUAUCAUCCAAUUAGUGGCUACCAAAUGAUAAAGAUGGAAAACAAAACAAAACAUAAUUAUAUAAACAAAAAUAAAAAAAAAACUAUAAAUUAUGUAGAUGAAAAAUGAAAAGAAAAAAACUUUAAUUUCAAUAUCCAAUUUCAAAUACUUGUAUGUAGGUGUGUCGUCAUUCUUAAAUAAUGCUCUUUUUGUUGUUGUCUAUCUUCACUCUUUUUCUACGGUAAAUACUAUAUUAAAUUUAUUUUCUUUAUCUUUAUUGUCAAUAUUUACUAUCAACAAAAUAUCAUUUCAUACGUAGGUGUCAAUAGAGUAAAAAUCGUGUUGGACGUCGACGCUUAAAAAAGUCUAAUAUUAUGUGAACUCAUAAUCCUUAAGAUACUUGUUCCUAAAUCUAUUCUUCUUAAACUCAUCUUUGGUCAUUACAUGAAUUUUUCAAUAUAUAAAAAACUUGUCCUUUUGUUCAUAAACUUUCCAAGCCAAAAAUAACAUUUGGCAAUCUUUUGGAGAUUUAUGUCCAAAAAAUAGAUGAAUGUUUUACAAUGUAGCUAUUUACAGUUUGGCACCUAACCCAAGUCCAUACAAUUUAACACCUAAUAUAUAGCGGCUAUUACUAUGAGAGUGACUUAAUUCCACUACUCCUAUAUUACCUUAAAAAAAAUAACUUUCUUCACUUGUAUUUUCCCUUUAUUUAAUACAAAUAAGCCGUCCCAUGCCAGCACCUUGCAUCUUCUUGUUUCCAAUAUGUAGUAAUUAUAAUAAGUAUUAUAUAAAACUAAGGCCAAUUUUGUUUUCUAUGGUAUUAUAUAUCUAUCUAUCUAUAUAUAUACACAUGCAUGACACUAGUUUAGUCCAAACACACACUAGCUAUUUUCUCUAUCUUUAUCAAAUUCCAAAUCAUGGAGAAUACCAAGUUCAAAAUAGAGCUUGCAUUGCUUGUUGCUCUCAUUUUCAUGCUUAGCAGCAUCAACCCAGUUACAUCAGCAUCAUUGGCAGCAGAGGAAAACCAACAGCAUGAGCAUGAAAACUUAAUGACAUACAUUGUUCAUGUCGAAAAGUCAGAAAAAGCUGCUUCCCUUCAAUCACUAGAUUUACAUGAAUGGUACCAUUCAUUCCUUCCACAAACCUCUCACAAAAGCAGAAUGGUUUUCACUUACCGCAACGUAGCUUCUGGAUUCGCGGUGAAGUUGACACCAGAAGAAGCCAAAUCUCUUCAAGAGAAAGAGGAAAUUGUGUCAGCAAGACCUGAAAGGACACUUUCAUUACACACAACUCACACUCCAACUUUCUUGGGUCUAAAACAAGGACAAGGUUUGUGGAAUGAUGAUAACCUUGGAAAAGGUGUCAUAAUUGGCAUCAUAGACACUGGUAUAUACCCUUUUCAUCCAUCUUUCAACGACGAAGGAAUUUCGCCGCCACCUGCAAAAUGGAAGGGCCAUUGUGAAUUCACAGGAGGCAGAAUAUGCAACAACAAGCUCAUAGGUGCAAGAAGCUUACUCAAAAGUGCAAUUCAAGAGCCUCCAUUUGAAACCAUUUUUCAUGGAACUCACACUGCUGCAGAGGCUGCAGGAAGAUUCGUCGAAGAUGCAAGUGUUUUUGGGAAUGCUAAAGGUGUAGCAGCCGGUAUGGCACCUAAUGCUCACAUAGCAAUGUACAAAGUGUGUAAUAGUAAUGAAAAAUUUGAAUGCCCUGAAAGUGCUAUUUUAGCUGCAAUGGAUAUAGCUAUUGAAGAUGGUGUAGAUGUUCUUUCUCUUUCACUUGGUUUAGGAUCUCUUCCAUUUUUUGAAGACCCAAUUGCAAUUGGUGCAUUUGCAGCCACUCAAAACGGAAUCUUUGUCAGUUGUUCAGCUGCAAAUUCUGGCCCUGGUUACAGCACUCUCUCAAAUGAAGCUCCAUGGAUCCUCACCGUCGGUGCAAGCACAAUUGACAGAAAAAUUGUAGCAUCAGCAAAGCUAGGAAAUGGAGAGGAAUAUGAAGGUGAAACACUUUUCCAACCCAAGGACUUUUCUCAACAAUUAUUACCACUUGUUUAUGCAGGUUCAUACGGAAACUCAAACCAGUCACAGACACAAACAAGUGAUCAGUCCUUGUGUGUUCCAGGAUCCUUAAAAAACGUUGAUCUAAGAGGAAAAGUAGUGUUAUGUGACAUAGGUGGAGGUAUACCAAGUGAUUUAAAAGGACAAGAAGUUCUAAAUUCAGGUGGUGUAGCAAUGAUCCUUGCAAAUCCAGAAAGACUUGGUUUCAGCACUUUUGCUACUGCUACUGUUCUACCAGCAGUUGAAGUGAGUUAUGCAGCUGGUUUAUCAAUCAAAUCUUACAUAAACUUAACCAACACACCAACAUCAACAUUGUUAUUCAAAGGAACAGUAAUCGGCGAUUCACUUGCACCUUCUGUUGUUUCAUUUUCUUCUAGAGGUCCAAACCAAGAAAGUCCCGGAAUUCUAAAACCAGACAUCAUAGGACCUGGUGUCAACAUUUUAGCAGCAUGGGCUAUCUCAGUAGACAACAAAAUUCCACCAUACAACAUUGUUUCCGGAACUUCAAUGUCUUGUCCGCAUCUAAGUGGAAUUGCUGCAUUGCUCAAAAGUUCUCACCCUGAUUGGUCUCCGGCUGCUAUAAAAUCGGCAAUCAUGACAACUGCUACUACAAAAAACCUUGCUGGUUUACCUAUAAUGGAUCAAAGGCUUUUACCUGCUGAUGUUUUUGCAACUGGUGCGGGACAUGUUAACCCUGUUAAAGCAAACGAUCCGGGUCUUGUUUAUGAUAUAAAACCAGAAGAUUAUGUUCCUUAUUUGUGUGGUUUGGGUUAUUCUGAUAAAGAAAUUGAAGUUAUUAUACAGUGGAAAGUGAAAUGUUCUGAUGUGAAAAGUAUAGCAGAAGCAGAACUUAAUUAUCCUUCAUUUUCUAUUCUUUUGGGGUCUGAUUCACAGUUUUAUACAAGAACUUUGACUAAUGUUGGGCCUGUGAAUUCAACUUAUAGAGUGGAAAUUGAGGUUCCUUUGUCUUUGGGAAUGAGUGUGAAUCCUAGUGAAAUAACAUUUAGUGAGGUGAACCAGAAGGUUAGUUACACAGUUGAUUUUAUACCACAAAUUAAAGAAAAUAGAGGGAACCAUACUUUUGCUCAGGGUUCUAUCACUUGGGUGUCUGAUAAACAUGCAGUUAGAAUCCCCAUAUCUGUUAUUUUCAAAUGAUUGAUGACAUAUAUUAUAUAUAUGCUGUUGCAUGAAUUGAUGGGAGAGGGUGAUAUACUCAUAAAUAAUACUUUAUUUGUAGAAGUUUAUUAGGAAUUCACUUGAACUUAAAUUUGUUAGUUAAAUGAAAUGGCAAUUGUUGUGGUAAAUUAAUACACUGUUUAAGUUUUUUUUUAGGAGCCAAUGAAUGUUAUUGAUAAAAGAGAUGUUCAAUGAAACAAGGAAUGCUGAUACAAAUACAAGUGAACCUCCUAUAAAUU